AUUUUAAAAAUCGAUCUUAGGCUCUACGUUCCUGGCAGAUGUUCUAACCUAAUGGUGCGGGUGGUGCAGUACAUUUGUCGAUAGUGUUUGUAUGUACAUGUGAAAAAAAAAACAUUACAUUCCUAAAAGAAUUGGCGUGGCACGAAGAAAAAUUUUCGAAACGAUUUUGUCCUUGAGAUUUUUCCCGACUAGACUGUGAGUAAGGUUAGACGCCACAAAGAUGUCAGCGGAGGAGCAACCGGAGUUUCGAUUGGGACCGGAUCCUAAUGUCACUUAUCCUAUUCGGGUCCAAUAUUGCGGAAAUUGUUCGCUACCGAUCGAGUACUGUGAAUACUAUCCAGAAUAUGACAAAUGCAAACAAUGGCUGGAAAGGAAUUUGCCUACUGAAUUUGAGAAGAUAAAAUUAGCUACAGAAGAUGGCUCUGCUGAAGUUGGCACAGGAGAGGACGAGAAGAAACGACAGAAACGUGGUGGUAAAGGUAUGUUGAAAACCAAGAAGAAGGAAGAUAUACCACGGUUGGUGACUGUUUCCAGGGCACCCAGAGGAAAAAAGAAAUCCGUCACAGUUGUGACUGGCCUCAGUACUUUUGAUAUUGAUUUGAAGGUAGCAGCGAAAUUUUUCGGUAGUAAGUUUGCCUGUGGAUCUAGUGUAACUGGAGAUGAUGAAAUUGUUAUACAAGGAGAUGUCAAGGAUGAUUUAUUCGAAGUGAUACCUGAGAAAUGGCCACAAAUUGAUGAAGACUCUAUAGAUGAUCUUGGGGAUCAAAAGAGAUAAUAAGGCUAUUCAUAUUGCGCACAUACAGUAAUUUAAUUAUACAAUUUCCAGUCAUGUUUCAUUAUAAAUAAAAUGUACAUACGUAAAAUAUAU